AUGAGUUCUGGUGGUAAGAGCAAAGGGAAAAGGGACGAGGCUGAAAACGGGAGUCUUGGCCGAAAAUCGGUUGAAGCAGUUUCCUCCAAAGGACCGAGCACUGCCCCUGUGGAUUUAUGCAUUGAUGAGAGAGUUCUUGUUGACCCCAAGUCCCUUUUUAUCGGGUCGAAAAUUGGUGAGGGAGCUCAUGGUAAAGUUUAUCAAGGAAGGUAUGGCGACCGUAUUGUUGCCAUUAAAGUUCUUAACUGUGGCAGUACAUCGGAAGAGAGAUCAGUCCUUGAGAGUCGUUUUGUUCGUGAAGUCAUGAUGAUGUCUAAAGUAAAGCAUGACAACCUUGUCAAGUUUAUUGGAGCUUGCAAAGAUCCUCUAAUGGUGAUAGUUACAGAGUUAUUGCCGGGCAUGUCUCUUAGAAAGUAUCUGGGCAGUAUACGUCCUAACCAGUUGGAUCUGCCUGUUGCGCUAAAUUUUGCUCUCGAUAUUGCCCGAGCAAUGGAUUGCUUACAUGCAAAUGGCAUCAUACAUAGGGACUUAAAACCUGACAAUUUGCUGCUUACGGAGAACCAGAAGUCUGUGAAGCUUGCGGAUUUCGGUCUUGCGAGAGAAGAAACUGUCACUGAAAUGAUGACUGCUGAAACCGGGACCUACCGCUGGAUGGCACCCGAGUUAUACAGUACCGUUACGCUUCGUCAGGGUGAGAAAAAGCACUACAAUAAUAAAGUUGAUGUUUAUAGUUUCGGGAUUGUGUUAUGGGAACUACUAACUAACCGCAUGCCAUUCGAGGGGAUGUCCAAUUUGCAGGCUGCUUACGCUGCUGCUUUUAAGCAAGAAAGGCCUAGCCUUCCGGAAGAUACUCCACCUGAGCUUGCUUACAUAAUCCAGUCAUGCUGGGUCGAGGAUCCCAAUAUGCGGCCCAGCUUCAGUCAGAUCAUUCGCAUGCUCAAUGAGUUUCUUUUCAAGCUCAAGCCAUCUUUGCCAGAAGCCAACUUGUCCGAGCAGGAGCUGACGAAAAAUGGAGCCAUCAUCGAGUUCUCCACACGGGCAAAGGGGAGAUUUGCUUUCUUGCGCCAACUUUUUGCUACAAAGAAGGCCAUAAACUCGUAG